AUGGAAGCUUUGCAGUUCGUCAGGGACCACUUCCUCGCCAAAGACCCUACCACUCUCACUCUAGCCGACUUCGAGCAGCAGCUCGUAGCAGCAGAAAAGAAUAUCCUUGCUGUAUGUGCUGCUCGUGGCACUCCUCGCACUCCCCUCUUUGAGGGGUGCUCCCCCUCCCCUCUUGCCCCCUCCUACGCCUCUGCUGCUGCUGCCGUCGACCUCCUCGGUGCUGAGAAGGUCGCAGCUGCUUCCGCUCCUAGUGGGAAGCGCAGCGGCACCAGGGGCGGCAAGAGUGGCAAGGGUGGUGGAGGUGGCGGUGGAGGGAGCGGUGGUGGAGGCGGCGGAGGUGGUGGAGGUGGUGGGGGUGGUCGUGGGGGUGGAGGAGGUGGGUGGUGCGGCGGUGGGACCGGGAGCGGUGGAGGAGGCAGCGGUGAUAGUGGGGGAGGAGGCAGCGGUGGUGGUGGCGGAGGUGGGGGCUGGAGUGUGGCCGGCCCGAAGGGGAGCUCCAAUGGUGACCAGGGGCAGCAGCAGCAGCAGCAGCAGCGUCAGCGCCAGACCCCCACGUCUCAGCAGCUUCAUGACUGGCUUAGCGACGCCUGGCGCGCCAAGUUUCCUGAUGCUACUGAGUUCCCCAACUGGGCAGACCUGCUUAGGCGUGAUGCUCUUAUCUUUGAUCUUGACUAUGAUGCAAUCCUUGCUGCCAUGUAUGCAUUGACUAUUAGUGCUGAGGGUGACUGCUACUUGUGUGUCCCGCCUGACCCAGGUAUAGAGACUGCAGCCCUAGGUGCUAGUGAGUCUGCUCUCUCUGGUACUGCGCCUGCUGAGGCUUUGCACACCUUCACGCUUGACUCAGUGCUUGCACGGUCCAGUACUGUGCUCCCGUGUCCGGCGGUCCCGUCCGGUGAGCUGUCAGGUCUCCACAUCCCCUCGUUCUCUACGAACCUAGUGAGCAACGCCGUCCUUCAGGAUCACUGGGUUGACACCUUCACUCCUGGAGGACAGCGUUGUGGCGAUCUGUACGUGCUGUAG